UAUCACAUUAGAGCUGUGAGUGGUGACACAAUCAUGGGUAUACAGGCAGUAAAGGAGGGGAUGUAGUACACAGCCCUGAGGGGCUCCUGUGUUGAGAGUCCUGUGUUGUGUUGGUUGUCUCUACUGCUGUGAUGAGGCCAAAAUCAGGUUCAAGGAGCAACAACUCAUAUUCAUCUUGGUGUGAACAUCAAUUCCUCUAACAUCCAGAAAUCUCUUAGCCUUUCCCUUCGCUCUUAUUCCAUUCCCCAUUCUGGAUACCCUCUCACCACCUCCUCACCUGCUCAUCAUCUCCCUCUGGUGUCCCUCCUCCUCAUCUUUCUUCCAUCAUCCUAUCUUCCAUUCCUCCUUUAGCCCUUUACCUCUUCCACCUAUCACCUGCCAGCUUCUGACUUCGCCCCCAUCCCUCACCCACCUCCCUUUCCUGUCACCCGGUCUCCCCACCGCCUGCCAGCAUGUCCUCCUCCCCCACUUCCACCACUUAUUCUGGUUUCUCUCCCUUCCAUUUCAGUCCUGAUGAAGGGAUUUGGCCUGAAGCAUCGACUGUUUAUUCCUCUCCACAGAUGCUGCCUGACCUUAUAAGUUCCUCUAGCAUUUUGAAGUUCCUAAAGCAUUUCUUUAGCCAGAAUUGUGGAAUUCGUUGCACGGGAGGCUGCAGAAGCCAGGUCGCUGGGUGUAAGGCAGAGCGUGGUAGAUCCUUGAUUGGACAGGGCAUAAAGGGCUAUGGGGAGAAGGCCGGGAGUGGGACUGAGGAUGGCAAAGAAGGAUCGACGUGAUUGAUUGGUGAAGCAGGCUCAAUGGACCAAAUGUCUCAUGGUUUGAUGGUCUUAUUUUGUGUGGAUGUGAAUAAUGCAGGCUCAGUGUGAUCUCUCUUAAGGUUUCGGGUCCUGUCAUCAUGUGCAUCAAUUCCAGCGCUGACUAAAUGGAAGAGCUGUUGGUGGGGAGGUUUGUCACCUUGGCCGGGCAUUCUCUGCUUUCUACAUGGUAGUAAACAGCACCCCCCAGUAGGAGGCAGCACUUGGCCAAGGCACUGGCCCGCCAGCACUACAGUGUUUUGCAAAGGCUGAUCCAAAGGAUGUGGUUUCUCGCAUUGCCUUUAUCAGACACCGAAGUCUAUGCAGCGUUCUUUCCUGAAACCUCUGAGAUCGCAACGAGCACGCACCCACAUACUGCCACUGUGACCUCGACGUGGCGUCCUGACCUCCUUCACCCCCUCUCCCUCUCAAUGGGGAGGGUCGCUCCCCACUAGAAUGGAACCCACCUCCAUCCUGGAAGAGUUCCUGAUCAAGCGCUCUCAGCAGAAACGCAGAACCUCUCCCUCCAACUACAAGGAGCGAUACUUCAUCCUGACUAGAUCCCGGCUUGCCUACUAUGAGUGUCGUACUGGGAAGAAGUCUGUGAUGAAGGGAUUCAUCGAUCUCUCCAAGAUCAAGUGUGUGGAGAUCGUGCUGACUGACAUGAGUCUGCCCUGCAGCUACAAGUAUCCAUUCCAGGUUUUCCAUGAGAAUUAUUAUCUGUAUGUGUUUGCGCCAAGCAAGGAGAGUCGUCAGAAAUGGGUAACAGCCCUGAAAGAAGAAUCAAAGAACAACAACAUCCUGACCAACAAAUACCAUCCCAACUUCUGGGCCGAAGGACACUGGCUCUGCUGUGCUCAGCUCGACAAGUUGGCCAUGGGCUGUCAGCUCUACGAUCCAAACCGGGACUCCAAGAAGCCUCUUCCUCCCACUCCUGUAUUGAGCAAGAGUAAACCGCUGCCGCCAGAGCCAAUGGAGACGGGCACCGGCUCAGGAACCGUGAUGGUGGCAUGGUAUGACUUUCACAGCCGGGACGCACAAGACCUGUCGCUGGUGAGGAAUGAGGAGUACGUCAUCGUGGACAAGAGCGAUGCAAACUGGUGGCAAGCUCGUGAUAAAAACGGGCGGACGGGGUACGUACCCAGCAGUUACUUGGUGGAGAAGCGACCCGACAACCUCCAGGCCUAUGAGUGGUACAACAAGAACGUCAGCCGCAACAAGGCCGAGCGGCUGCUGGAGAACGAGGAUAAACAAGGAGCGUUCAUGGUGAGGGACUCGCGCCAGCCUGGGAUGUACACCGUUUCCGUCUUCACCAAAGCCAGCAGUGAGUGCAAUGCCGGAGUCAAGCAUUACCAUAUCAAGGAAAUCAUGGACACCCACAAACGCUACUACCUGGCCGAGAAGCACAUCUUCGACACCAUUCCAGAGCUUAUCACCUACCACCAGCACAACGCAGCAGGUCUGGUCACACGCUUGAGGUACCCUGUGUCUUCCUGGAGAGAAACAGCCCCCUCCACAGCAGGAUUUAGUUACGGGGCCUGGGAGAUCUCGGCCACUGCCCUGACAUUCAUGGAGGAGGUGGGUUGUGGUCAGUUCGGAGUGGUGCACAUGGGCUACUGGAGGAAUCAACACAAAGUGGCCAUCAAGACCAUCCGUGAGGGAGCCAUGUCUGAGGAGGAUUUCAUCGAGGAAGCUCAGAUCAUGAUGAAGCUUUCUCACGAGAAGCUGGUGCAGUUGUACGGCGUGUGCAACCAGGACAGCUCCAUCUUCCUGGUCUUCGAGUACAUGAAGCAUGGCUGCCUGUCGGAGCACCUGAGGAACAACCGGGGCUCAUUUGGCCGGCACACGCUGCUGGGGAUGUGCCAGGACGUGUGCGAAGGCAUGGAGUAUCUGGAGCACAACAAGUUCAUUCACAGAGACCUGGCAGCUCGGAACUGUCUCGUUGGAGAUUCGCUCAUCAUCAAAGUAUCAGAUUUUGGAAUGACAAGGUUUGUCCUCGAUGACCAGUACACCAGCUCCUCUGGCUCCAAAUUCCCCGUCAAGUGGUCAGCUCCUGAAGUUUUCCGGUAUUCCAAGUUCAGCAGCAAGUCCGACAUCUGGUCAUUUGGGGUACUGAUGUGGGAGGUAUUCACCGAGGGGAAGAUGCCUUACGAUAAUUGCUCCAACGCAGAGCUGGUGGAGGAAAUCGCGGCUGGAUUUCGUCUUCACAAGCCGAAGCUGGCCUCCUGCUCGGUCUACAACAUGAUGACCUGUUGCUGGUUUGAGGAAGGCCACUCAUUUGGCGAGCAGUGGAAAGUCCCACAGAGUGCAGCGCGACACCCGAAGGUGACUGCGGCGAAUAGCGCCUCUCCCUGGUGCGUCAGGCAAUGGGUGUGGGAACAGAUCCAGAGCGAACGCCUCAGCACCAGGAUCCCUGCCCAGUGUGCUCACCCCUCCCCGGCCCAGAGGCUUGCUUUGUUUCAGACAGCCAUAAACUUUAACUUGAGACUGUCUGCAGAGAGGCUGCCCAGACCACUGAUAAAGACAUUGUUCCAAAUUUACAGCACCUGCAGUGCCAUUUUGUCGCCACCAGCAGGGUCCCUGCUCCCUUCCUCCUACCACUGGGGUGGGGGUGUAGGUGUCAUGGUCAGCUGCUCCCAUCAUAGGAGGUCGCCACGGUCUGGUCCUCCCACCACAGUGGGCGCCACAGUCUGGCCCUGCCACCAUAUGGGUGGAGCUGACACAGCUCCCAGUCCUCCCAUCAUGGGGGCAAUGUGCACCCCCGCCCUGCUGAGGAUAGUCUGGGGGGGGUGUGGGAGAGGUGAGCGUGGCUAGAGAGGACCCGAUUGGGAUAAACAGCAUCAGGGCAGAGAAUGGGAAUUUCAUACCCCACACACCCAGAGUAGAGGUAUCUGUGAAGCAGAGUGAGGAUACUUGGUGUGUGAUAGAAUGAUAGAACACUACAGGCCCUUCAGUCCAUCUAGUCUGUGCUGAACUGUUAUUCUGCCUAGUCCCGUUGACCUGGACCUAGGACCUUCACAACCCAUCCAUGUACCUAUCCAAACCUCUCUGAAAUCAAACUCACAUCCACCAGUUCCACAGGCAGCUCGUUCCACAUUUCACACCCACUGGUGAAGAUGCACCCCUCAGAUUCCCCUUAACCAUUUCUGCUUUCACCCUUAGCCCAUGACCUCUUGUUCUAGUCUCACCCAAACUCAGUGAAAAGGCCUUCUUGUAUUUACCCUAUCGUCACCUCUCAUAAUUUUACCCAUCACGGGUCUCGGCCUGAAACAUUGACUGUACUCUUUCCCACAGAUGCUGCCUGGCCUGCUGAGUUCCUCCAGCAUUGUGCACUUGUUGCUUAGAUUUCCAGCAUCUGCAGAAUUUCUUGUCCCCCUCAUAAUUUUGUAUACCUCUAUGAAAUCUCCCCACAUUCUCAGAAAUAAAGUCCUCACCUAUUCAACUUUUCCCUGUAACUCAAGUCCUGGCAACAUCCUUGUAAAUCUCUGCAUUCUUUCCAUCUUCUGGCAUCUUUCCUGUAGGUAGGUGACUAGAACUGCACACAGUACUCAAAAUUUGGUCUCAAUUGAGGAUCUGAGAAGGAAUGCUUUCAUUGGGGGACGGGCUGGUAUCCUGAACAUACAGCCUGUGGGGUGGGGUGGCUGAGACUCCCACAAUAUUUGUAUCUGCAUGAACGUUUGGAUAGAUUCUGCAAGAUGACAAACGUGUCCAUGUGGUGUGAGCCUUUCACCUCCAGGACACCGUAACCCACCAGUACAUCUAAUCUUUCAUUUUAUCUCCUCGCUCAGAGACCUGAAGAGCGGCCAUCGUUCUAUGAACUGCUGAAUGAGAUAAGGGAGCUCUCUGAACGCGAGGACCUGUAAGCAGACAGCGGAGAUGGCCUGGCCGCAGAAUGGACAGCGCAGUUUGGCUACAGGAACACUCCGAAUUCUGGGCGACAGUUACUAAAUAUUUAUUUAUUAUGUAUUAAAAUAAUUUUGACUUGGGGAAUGCUCUCCCGUGGAGGUAGAGCUCUCUAGAGAUUUCGGACACAAUAUCGGUAAUGGCGGUUGGUAAUCUCGGUAGAUAUCCCAUUUGUUACUGAACCUCACUGGUACUGAGGCCAAUUGCAGACCCAGAGUGUCCACCAGAGCUGAGCAUCAGGGAUAAGACCAUAAAACAUAGAAGCAGAAUGAGGCCAUUCAGCCCACUGAGUCUGUUGUACCGUUCCAUGAUGGAUGAUUCAUUCUCCCUCUCCACCCCAUUCUCCUGCCUCCUCCCUGUAACCUUUGUUGCUCUGACUAAUCAAGAACAUAUCAAGCCCCAUUUUAAAUAGUCCCAAUGAGUUGUCUGUGGUAAUGAACUCCAGAUUCACCACCCUCUGGCUAAAGAAAUUCUACCUUAUCUAUUCUAAGGCCGGGCCCUCUGGUCCAUUCUCUUCAUAUCCACUCUAUCAAGCCUUUCAAUAUCUGGUAGGUUUCAACAAGAUUCCCCCAAAUUUUUCUAAACGCCAGCGUGUACAGGGCCAGAGACAUCAAAUGCUCCUCAUACAUUAACCCUUUCAUUCCCAGAGUCAUUCUCAAGAACCUCCUCUGGACCCUUUCCAUAUUCUCUUAGAUAAAGGGCCCAAAAUUGCUCCACAAUACUCCAAAAGCAAGCAAGUGGACAUACUCUGAAUCAAUUGACAGCCAGACAAAGCAGAAAUGAUUGCUGACCAUUUCCAUCCCAGUGACUACAUUCCACCCUCCGACUGUAGUGACCAAAUGUUCACACUUUGAAUAAUAAACAGGCCAGUAGAUAGAAGUUUGCUUCUGUCAGUCCAGGCAUUGAGUAUGUGUCCAGUUCUGGGUGGCCCACUACAGGAAGGAUGUUGGAUAGAUUUUUGCACAGUAGGGGAAUUAAGGGUUAUGGGGACAAGGCAGGUAGGUGGAGAUGAGUCCAUGGCCAGAUCAGCUGUGAUCUUAUUGAAUGGCAGAGCUGGCUCGAUGGUCCAGGUGGCUGACUAUAGUAGUGAUUAAUGGGUCCCUUUCGAAAUGGCAGGCUGUGACCAGUGGGGUACCGCAAGGUUUGGUGCUGGGGCCGCAGCUGUUUACAAUAUACGUUAAUGAUUUAGAUGAAGGGAUUAAAAGUAACAUUAGCAAAUUUGCUGAUGACACAAAGCUGGGUGGCAGUGUGAAAUGUCAGGAGGAUGUUAUGAGAAUGCAGGAUGACUUGGACAGGUUGGGUGAGUGGGCAAAUGUAUGGCAGAUGCAGUUUAAUGUGGAUAAAUGUGAGGUUAUCCACUUUGGUGUUAAGAACAGGAAGGCAGAUUACUAUCUAAAUGGAGUCAAGUUAGGAAAAGGGGAAGUACAACGAGAUCUAGGUGUUCUUGUACAUCAGUCAAUGAAAGCAAGCAUGCAGGUAUAGCAGGCAGUGAAGAAAGCUAAUGGCAUGCUGGCCUUUAUAACAAGAGGAAUUGGGUACAGGAGUAAAGAGGUCCUUCUGCAGCUGUACAGGGCCCUGGUGAGACUCCACCUGGAGUAUUGUGUGCAGUUUUGGUCUCCAAAUUUGAGGAAGGACAUUCUUGCUAUUGAGGGAGUGCAGCGUAGGUUUCACAAGGUUAAUUCCCGGAAUGGCGGGACUGUCAUAUGUUGAAAGAUUGGAGCGACUGGGCUUGUAUACACUGGAAUUUAGAAAGAUGAUCUGAUUGAAACAUAUAAGAUUAUUAAGGGAUUGGACACGCUGGAGGCAGGAAACAUGUUCCCGCUGAUGGGUGAGUCUAGAACUAGAGGCCACAGUUUAAGAAUAAGGGGUAGGCCAUUUAGAACAGAGAUGCAGAAAAACUUUUUCACCCAGAGAGUGGUGGGUAUGUGGAAUGCUCUGCCCCAGAAGGUAGUGGAGGCCAAGUCUCUGGAUGCAUUCAAGAGAGAGUUAGAUAGAACUCUUAUAGAUAGCGGGGU